CGGCUUCUCACGCGCGCGCGCGCACACAAACACACACACACACAACACGCGACACAACACACACCGCUCUGCCCGUGACCGGAGCCAUCGGGUGCAAAUGAGAAAGAGUACAGACAGAGAAGGAGGAAACAACCCCCCCACCCCACCCACCCUCGACACCCACUCCCAUCACCACUCGUUCCCUCCUCCCACUUCCACGCGACGGACAAGUGAGCGCGAGAGAGCCCAGAGAGGAAAAACAUCAACUUGUCAUUUGAACAACAACCGACACUCGUCGAUCUCUCAGCCAUUUCUUCCCUGCUCGCCAGCUCAUCGAUCGGCACUUUCUUUUGGAGACUUUUCAACAAGAUCCGUCGCUCCGUUUUUUUCAAACGACUGGAUAUCAUUUUCAUAUUUUUCUUUCUGUUGCGAUUUCACACGUUGCAUUGUCCCCCCCCCCCCUACACCACUAAAUCUGGUGAGAUUUUCCACUCAUCUGAUCUUCCCACACUGUGCUGAGAAUAACAAUUUGAACCCCCCCUGGACCCCCCCUCACCCGAGGAGUGCAAUGGAAUACCUCGAGGCAAACAGUCCUGCAAGGGGAUAAAAGGGACCUUGCGUGUCAUCUCAUCGGAAAAAAGUCAUCCAAACUGCCAUCGGUAGCUCCCUGCGGUCGUCUUACCUCGUCCCUUCCCACCACCCACCUCCACCUCACAGGUGUCUCUUCGUGACCCCUCCCCAACUCCCCCCGGACCCCCUCCAAUAAGGCCCAGGAUGUCCAGGCAGCUCACACAGCUCCCCACCCCGGACCUGCCGGCAGGCGCUAGCCCACAGUUUGGGAGUUGCACGCAGCCGGCGGUUUCCCUCACUGGGGGGCACCUCAACUCCAUGACGGGUCUCAAAUCGCUCCUGCAGCAUCCCAUGAAGGGGGACCAGCGCUUGAGAAGCCCCUGCGAUCUCAAAGACAAAGAUCGAUCAAUGGACCUGGACGAAGACUCGAUGGGAGUGUGCUCCAUGAGGAACACGUCCGGAUUGGCCGCCGGCGGCGGCAACGGAUGCAACGGCGCAAGCGGCGGUGGCAAUUUCAACCAGUUCCUGGGCCCCCUCUUGUGGGAUCGCACCCUCCCGGCGGACGGGGGCCUCUUCCAGCUGCAGUACAUGGACUUGGAGGAGUUUCUGACGGAAAACGGAAUGGGCAGCAUGCACAGCAACAACAGCUCCAGUUCGGCGCAGAUCCCCUCCCAGAGCUCCCAGUCCGCAGUGCCCAACCAGAGUUCCCAGUGCCUACCGCCCCCGUCCCCGCCCGGAUCUUCGUCCUCGUCGCCUUCGUCUUCCUCCUCCCCGUCCCUGCUGGGAUUGGAGGUGGCGCAGCCUCAGAGCCUGACCGGAGGAAACGACUGUUUGCACGGGAGCCAGACCAGUAUGAACGACUCGUGCGAGUCGCCGUCCUCUUCGUCCUCUUCGCCGUCGUCCUCCUGCCCGCCCCUGCUGACGCCCACGAGCGCCGGGCCGGACGUGGCGGGAAUUUUCAACAUGGAUUCGUCGGACAUGGUUCUGUCCAACGGCCCCGAUCAGCAAAACUUUGACCCCAGGCAGACCUUCAGUGAAGAGGAGCUGAAACCGCAGCCCAUGGUGAAAAAGGCACGCAAGAUCCUGGUGCCUGAUAACAUGAAGGAUGAAAAGUACUGGAGCAGGAGAUACAAAAACAACGAGGCGGCAAAGCGCUCCCGGGAUGCGCGGCGCCUCAAGGAGAACCAAAUUUCCGUGCGCGCCGCCUACCUGGAACGAGAGAACGCCGCCCUGCGGCAGGAAGUGGCCGAGAUGCGCAAGGAACUGGGCCGGUGCCGCAGCAUCCUGAGCAAAUACGAGAACCGUCUGGCCGACCAGUGAUGAAGGAGGACGACGACGAUGACAACGACGAGUGAAAUAAGCUGGAUUCCUUUUGUCAAACUUUGAAAUUUUUGGGGGGGAUUACAGGACGGACAGGUCUUGGAAUCAUGAUGACAAUGACGAUGAUGAUGACGGUGAUGAUUUUGAAUGUAUUCGGGGGAUGAGGAGGAAGAAGGCGUGCGGAGCGCAGCUCAGGUGUCUUGUUUUUGUCGAGCUCUUAAAAGUGACGGAGGGAGAGAAUAAUUUAACAGAUGUGACUUUUAAGGCUUUUGCUAUUGGAGAAUUGUAUAUUUUUAUAAGACUUCAGAAAACAAUUAGCGGGAGAGUAGAAAUCUGGAAAAUAAUUUUGUAUAUUUUCUACAUGACUAGAGAUGGGGGGGGGGUGAUAUCUUAUGUAAACGGGGUCAGCCAUGAAUGGGUAUUUUCUUUUCUUUUUUUUUUUUUGGACCGGUUGAUUCAUGCGAGGGCGAGGACGCGUGUAACAGUUGUAAUAUAGAGAGCAAAAAUGAUCUUCACGUCGUGUAGGUCAAUUUUUUUUGUGGAUUUGACUUUUUUUGACAAAGCAACGCAAGCACUUAAUGUUUUCUUUGAUUUAACCCCCUCGAAUCCCAACACAUUCUUCGUUAUAUUUUGGAAAGUUGAGUUAAGACAUUUGUGCAUCUUUCAACAAAAAAAAAAAAGAAAAAGAAAAAAAAAGAAAUAGACAAUCCUCUGUAAUUAUAAUCCUCUUUUACUACCCAGGCUAAUCCUAUCAGACUGGUGAAAGUCGUCGUGAUGCUGCUUCUACUUCUACACCUUUCAUUCCCAUUUUCUUUUCUAAUACUAGGGGAUGAUAAAAUUUCCCCGAUUUUUGUUUAAUUUUAUUUUUUUUUACCUCAAUGGUACUUAACACCAAAACCUUGACUUUUUACUUUUAAAGCGUCAUCAUCCUUUAACAGGGCAAAUCAAAACGAGAGUGUACUUUUUAACCCAACCAAACAGUAAACAAAGAUAAUUCCAAAUAAAAAUAGACAACAUUGAUUUUUGCAACUAUUUUUGCAAUUCAGAAUAUUUUUUUUUAAAAAAAGCGUUUCUCAGGGCAAACGUUUUUGCUACGUCGCUCCAAUCGUUUUCUGGAGUGGAAAUUGUCCUUCAGUGAGUGUUAUCGGAAGGGGUCUUUGCUAUUUUGCGCAUCUUCCCGAUGAUGCGUCUCAGAUUCCAAGCCAAGAUUGCGUCUGUACUUUUUUCUUUCAAGAAUUCCCCUCCUGCAUCUAACAAACUUUCUGUACCAACACCGCGUUCAGCCGGACAAAGUGAGAGUGCGAUUGUAAUCCCUGUCAUGAGUAAUCACCAUGACUGCUGUUCUUCUUCUUGUUAUGAUUAUUAUGAGGAUUAUGUUAUGGUUGUUGUUCAAUAUUAAUGACUGUUUUUCUUCCUUUGGAUGAAAAUGAUCCACCUUAAAGCACCUUGAUACAGUGUGUGACCUCCCCGAAAUGAAAGACAAUGAUCUUCUCACUCUUUGGUAUUCCUCAAUGUGGCCCACGGACAAAACUGCUUGAAUGGAGUUCACCAUUGUGUCCCCCCUCCCACUCCCCCAACAAAAAAACAAAACAAAACAUGCCUUUCUUUCCAAGACGAGCUCCUCACGAAGUCGCUGGACUUUGCACGGCGUCGUCCUUUGGUUACUUUUCAUUCAGCAAUUUCUCACCUGUGUCAAGUGGUGGUUUGCACUCUCCCAACAGGACUCUUCUUGAUAUCUUGACAGAUGUGCUUGAUCAAUCUUUAGAGUGACUCUACAUCUGACCCCCUCCCACCUCCCUGGUGACAUCAGUGGGCUCAGCCAUGUCCGACCCACUAUGUGCUGGUUUUAUGGAUGUAGUUGAGAUUUCCCCAGGAUGACACCAAUAAAAGAUUAUUCUCAUUUAA